CUCGUCUCAGGACAGGAUGGCUUCUGAAUGGCCAAGACCAGUAUGUUGUGGCUUGUCUGUUGACUGUUACCUUUGUUCUCAGAAUUGUCUUACUUCAACUGGAAUCUGUCCAGAAAUGGAAACACGUCACUGUCUCACCAGAAUUGAUCCCACCAGAGGAACGCCAAGGUAUAUUUGGGCGCAUCUUUUUCUGGUGGCUCAUGCCCAUGUUUCUCCAAGGCUACAAGAGAACACUGUCUAUGAAUGACCUCUACGCUAUUGAUGACGAUCUGAAGGGCACCAGGCUCUAUGAAAGAUUACUCAGAUCUUGGCACGCUGUCAAUCGCAAGAAGAACCACGCUCUCACAACAGCCGUCCUACGGACAUUUUCUCCCGAACUCAGUUUCGCCAUUGUGCCCCGCCUGGCUUAUGUGGGGUUCAGUCUUGCCCAGCCAUAUCUGAUCAAGACCACGAUUUCGUAUAUAACCUAUCACAAACGAUUGCCUGAAAACUACGGAUAUGGACUCAUCGGCGCCUAUGCGCUCUGUUACAUAGGACUUGCUCUUUCCCAACGCCUGUGGAUGCAGAUCGCUUUCCGUACAAUGACCAAAAUCCGAGGAGCUUUGGUGACUUCCAUCUACAAGAAAAUGCUCACUGUCAGAGCCGAGACGACGAAUUCUUCAUCUGCGGUGUCGUUGAUGAGCACUGACGUGGACAGAAUCGUCAUGACUACGUUCAUGAUGGUCAAUCUCGGUCCCGAUGUCGUUCAAAUCGUCAUCGCUCUCUGCAUCAUGGGAACACAAAUCGGUGCCACUGCAGUUGCUCCGGUGAUUCUCUGUGGGGUUUGUAUUGGUAUUGCUGCUAAACUUGGCCAACUUGUUCCCCCACGGCAACGUCGCUGGAUGUCGGCAAUCCAAAAGCGUGUUGGUAUUACAGCUGAUAUUAUCUCCGCUAUGAAAGGUGUCAAAGUAGCUGGACUCAGCGUGAAAGUGGACAAACAAAUUCAGGGCUUGCGCAAUUUUGAAUUGGAGCGUUCGGUUCAGUUCCGGAAGCUGCAGAUUUCAACGCAACUUCUAGGGACAUCACCAACUCUCUUAAUGCCUGCUGUUACGUUUACCGUGUACGCCAUUGUACAGACAAUCUCCGGAAGUGCUCAAUUCAAUGUGAUACAAGCUUUCACUACGCUGAGUUUGUUGAAUCUCCUCGUUCAGCCGGUCAUGGAUCUCAGCAUAGCAUGGACUACCUUAUCCUCGGGACUUGCUUGUCUCGACAGAAUUCAGAGAUUUUUACUCAAAGAGAAUCGCGAAGACUACAGAAUACUGAUGUCACAUUCCGAUCAAGGUUCCUUCUCUACCAGAACGUCGACAGAGAAACAAGACUACUCUUUGAAACCUGUCAUUAAGAUUCGACGCGGAUGCUUUGGGUGGAAGAAGGAUUCAGACUCUGCGAUCAUCAAAGAUAUCGACCUCGACAUCAUGCCAGGAGAACUAACUCUCAUCGUUGGCCCAGUCGCUUCGGGAAAGACAACACUACUGGAGGCGAUUGUCGGCGAGGCUAGAAUAUUUUCAGGCUCGGUGGAACUCACUGUCCCGGAAGAGAUCGCGUACUGUGGUCAGGAUGCCUGGUUGUUGAAUCAGUCCGUGAAAGAAAAUAUUCUUGCUUUUGAAAGAUACUCGAAAGUGUUCUAUGAUGAAGUGAUCGAAGCUUGCCAAUUGGUGGAGGACCUUCGGCAUUUUCCCAAAGGUGAUGAUAGUAUCAUCGGUAGCCGUGGCAUUUCUCUCAGUGGAGGACAGAAACAGAGAGUGGCAUUGGCAAGAGCAGUAUAUAACAAGAAGUCUAUUGUUAUUCUAGAUGAUGUAUUGAAAGGUUUGGACGCAGAUACUUACACUAAGUGUUUCGAGGCAAUUCUUGGUCCUGGGGGACUGUUGCGACGAAAUCGCACCGCUGUCAUUCUUGCAACUCACAAUGUUCAACUCCUUCCACAUGCGGAGCAUAUCGUCGUUCUCGACGAAGACGGCCGCAUCACCGAAAAGGGUAGUUUCGACGACCUGAACUCCUCAGAUGGAUUCGUCAGCGGCCUAGGACUCAAGAAGGCAGCCAUCCAAGAAAUUGAGGCUGUGGUAGCCGAGGAGGAAGAAAUCGAAAGGACGGAAAAACAAAUCGUGCUUGAGAAGAUCGCAAUGAUCCAAGAAUUGCCGAAAACCGAUGAAAAAAGAAAGUCGAGAGGCAAACGCAAUUCAAGCUCCCUGUUCUCUUACAUCAAGUCGAUGGGUAGAGUUUACUUCCCAAUUUUCGCGGCUUUCACUGUCUGCAAUAUUGGCUUCCGAAGCGCACAGCCUUUAUGGCUCAAUGUCUGGACGGCUCAUAAUGUCAAAAACCCGAAUACUAGCAUGGGUUACUACAUUGGCAUUUACAUCUUGUUUGGUGGUCUCAAUGUUGUGUUCCUUGGCCUUCAGUUCUGGACUUUCAUGAUCAUCAUCGUUCCACAUUCGGCAAAGCUGCUACACAGGAGGGUCCUCACAGCCGUUAUGCACGCCCCGUUGUCGUUCUUCGUGGCAACUGACACUGGAGAGAUUAUCAAUCGGUUCAGUCAAGACAUGACGUUGGUAGAUUUACAGCUACCUCAGUCUUUCAUGCAGAGCUACUCACAGGUCAUCAACGCCAUAGCUCAAAUCGUUCUCACAUGUGUGGGAUCAGGCUACCUAGGCAUCGCCAUACCCGUCAUGCUCCUCACCCUUUUCGUGCUUCAGAAAUUCUACCUCCGCACGUCAAGACAAAUGCGUCUGCUAGACCUCGAGGCAAAAUCACCACUCUACUCACAUUUCAUAUCUUCUUUCUCGGGCUUAACCGCCCUUCGUGCGUACGGUUGGACUAAGUUGGCCGAAGCAGAAAACUUGCACUACCUUGAUGAUUCGCAGCGUCCGUUCUACUUGUUGCGUUGUGUGCAGAGAUGGCUGACUAUGGUUCUCAAUUUGAUUGUUGCUGGCCUGGCUGUUUUGCUGGUUGGAAUCGCCAUUGCGCUGAAGGAUUCGAUUAAUCCUGGGCUGCUGGGUGUUGCUUUGACCAGUGUCAUGGGGAUCGGGCAGACUUUAAGUCAGCUUAUUCAAUCUUGGACACAACUCGAGACAAGUCUCGGCGCAGUAACUCGCAUCAACGAGUUCGCAGUCAACACCACCCGAGAAAAAGAUGGACCUGACAUGCCACCCGAGAACUGGCCUUCCAAAGGCGCGAUUAGCAUUUCCGGGUUAUCCUUCAAGUAUGGCGAUAACACUGUCUUGAACAACAUCAAUCUUGACAUCGAACCUGGGCAAAAGAUCGCCGUAUGCGGACGCUCGGGAAGCGGCAAAUCAACCCUAAUCACUCUCCUUCUCAGACUCUACGAGCCCACCAGCGGAAGAAUUGUCAUUGAUGGAAUCGACACCAGUACACUAAAUCUCAACGAACUCCGCGAAUCACUUGUUGCUCUACCUCAAGACCCUAUGUUCCUCGCUGGCACCAUUCGGUACAAUCUGGAUCCGUUGUCUAGGGAAACUGAUGAAACUGUCUGGGAUGCUCUGGAAAGAACGGGUAUCAGAGAUGUCAUUGAAGAAAAAGGAGGCUUGGAAGCAGAUUUGAACACUGAUUGGUUGAGUGCUGGUCAGAGACAACUGUUUUGUCUUGCGAGGACGAUGCUUAGGGAUAGUAAGAUUAUUUUGUUGGAUGAGGCGACGAGCAGUCUUGAUCGCGAGACCGAAGCGCGGGUAGACGAAUUAGUGCGGACAGCUUUCACUGAUUGGACAGCCAUUGUCGUCGCACAUCGUCUGAAGACAAUUGCGGACUUCGAUAAAGUUCUAGUUCUGCAGGACGGUUGUGUGAUAGAGUACGACUCUCCAAGCAAUUUGCUGGCUCGUGAUAGCAAGUUCAAGAUGAUGUGGGAUCUGCAAGAGGCUUAGUGAAAUUGAGAACUUGUCAAACGAAAUUAACAAGGUAGUCACUCCCAGGUAUUGCUAUCAGCGCUCUUGAUGGGUGGUCCGUUUUAGCGUGCCCGACAGAACCCACCCGUUUAGACUUGUACGGGUUACAGAUUUUCAAUUGUUAGCUUAUUAGUCCGUAACGGUUCCGGCUUCCCUGAAACUGUUAGGAAUCGUCUAGCCUGUCUACUAUUAGGGAAUUUGAGGAUAUUGGAGAUUAGGG